UCGCUCCUCUCCGCCACACGCACAAAACGCUCUGUCAUGGCGUCUUCCAACCAUGUUACCCCCACCAACUGUAGCUGGUGGCCCAUCUCGGCCGUGGCUGAGGACGGCAAAAUCACAGACGGGGAGGAGUGCGAAGAACCGGCGGCGGAGCCCAAACCCUUCGACAGAGACAGACUCGUGUUGUACCACUGGACGCAGUCUUUCGCCUCGCAAAAGGUGCGUCUAGUCAUUAAUGAGAAGGGCCUGGUCUGUGAGGAGAGGGAUGUGAGCUUGCCGCUGCAGGAGCACAAGGAGCCCUGGUUCAUGAGGCUGAACCUGGGCGAGGAGGUGCCCGUCUUCCUCCACGGGGACACCAUCAUCAGUGACUACAACCAGAUUAUAGAUUACCUGGAGAAAAACUUUGCGGGAGACACGGUGGCUCAGCUGAUUCCCGAUGCGGACUCGCCUCUCCGCGACCGUGUGCAGCAGUACCGCCAGCUCCUGGACGGCCUGCCCAUGGACGCUUACACACACGGCUGCAUCCUCCACCCAGAGCUCACCAUUGACUCUAUGAUCCCAAAGUACGCCACCGCAGAAAUACGUAGACACCUGGCCAACGCUGCCACGGAGCUGAUGAAGUUGGACCAUGAGGAGCCUCAGCUGACAGAACCGUACCUGUCCAAGCAGAAAAAGCUCAUGGCAAAAAUCCUGGACCACGAUAAUGUGAACUAUCUGAAGAAAAUCCUGGGGGAGUUAGCCAUGGUUCUGGAUCAAGUGGAGGCUGAACUGGAGAAAAGGAAACUAGAGUAUCAAGGUCAAAAGUGUGAGUUGUGGCUAUGUGGACCUGAAUUUACGCUAGCUGAUAUCUGCCUUGGAGCCUUGUUGCACAGGCUCAAGUUCUUGGGACUUUCUAAGAAAUACUGGGAGGACGGCAGCCGACCCAACCUGCAGUCCUUUUUUGUGCGCGUGCAAAAACGCUACGCUUUCCGCAAGGUCUUGGGCGACAUCCACACGACCCUCCUGUCCGCGGUCCUACCCAACGCCUUCCGGAUGGUAAAAAAGAAGCCGCCGUCCUUCUUCGGGGCCUCUUUCCUCAUGGGCUCGCUGGGAGGGAUGGGCUACUUUGCCUACUGGUAUUUAAAAAAGAAAUACAUGUAGUGA